GACCCAUAACAGUGUGAAACCAGCAAGAUGGCGCGAACGUCCAAGUCAGCUGUGGUGCUUUGUAUGGAUGUGGGCUUCUCGAUGAGUAACUCAGCCCCUGGUGAGGAAGCCCCAUUCCAUCAAGCUAAGAAGAUCAUUCAGAAAUUCAUCCAGCGCCAGGUCUUUGCUGAAAAUAAAAAUGAGUUGGGCCUGGUUCUGUUCGGAACGGACGACACCAAAAAUCCACUCGCUCAAGACGGCCAGUACCAGAACAUCUGCAUACGCCGACAUCUGAUGAUGGCCGACUUUGAGCUGCUGGAGGAAACUGAACACGAGCUUCAGCCUUGUGGUCAGCAUGCUGACUGGCUCGAUGCUCUUGUCGUAUGCAUGGAUCUUCUGCAAAAGGAAACCAUGGGGAAAAAGUACGAGAAGCUGAAUAUCGCCAUACUCACUGACCUCAACACACCAACCUGCGCAGAUCAGUUGGACAUCAUCAUUGGCAACUUGAAGAAAGCUGGCAUUACCCUGCAGUUCUUUCUGCCGUUCCCCGUGGAUGCAGAUGAAGGGGCUGCUGGAGAUGGAGACAGACCAGGUCCAAGACCUCCACCCCAGAGUGGAAAAGGCCUGAGCAGGGAGCAGAAGCAGGGGCUUGAGAUGGUCAGGCAGGUCAUGACUUCUCUGGAUGAAGAUAGCCUGGACGAGGUUUAUACUUUCAGCAAUGCUGUGGAGAGGCUGUCCAUCUUUAAGCGGAUUGAGAGACGACCGAUGGCGUGGCCCUGUCAGCUGACUAUCGGAAGCUCUCUAUCCAUCCGCAUCAUUGGAUACAAAGCUGUGUGUGAGGAGAAGAUUAAGAAGACUUGGCUCACAGUAGAUGCUGAGAGUCACCAGAAAGAUGAUGUCAAGAGAGAGACAGUCUACUGCCUCAACGAUGACAAUGAGACUGAAGUGCAGAAAGAUGAUGUCAUUCAGGGGUUUCGUUACGGGAGUGACAUCGUCCCGUUCUCCAAAGUGGACCAAGAGCAGAUGAAGUAUAAGUCCGAUGGAAAAAGCUUCGCUGUGCUUGGCUUUACCAAGCAGGAGCUGAUUUAUCGCCAUCAUUUCAUGGGCCAGCAGAUCGUUAAGGUUUUUGCUGCCAAAGAUGAUGAGCAUGCAGCUGUUGCACUCUCCGCUCUGAUUCAUGCUCUGGACAGUCUGAAGAUGGUGGCUAUUGUUCGUUAUGCUUACGACCGCCGCAGCAACCCACAAGUCGGAGCAGCUUUCCCUUGCGUCAAAGAUAAAUACGAGUGCUUGGUGUAUGUGCAGUUGCCGUACAUGGAGGACCUCCGUCAGUUCACUUUCCCUUCACUGGAGAAAAACAAGAAAUUUGUUCCAUCAGAGGCUCAGCUGUCAGCAGUGGACAAUCUCAUCACCUCGAUGAUGCUGGUGGAGGAGGGUGAAGAUGGAGAGAUGGAGGAUAUAUUCAAAGUCAACAAAAUCCCCAACCCUCAGUUUCAGAGACUCUUCCAAUGUCUACACCAUCGUGGCUUGAACCCAGAUGUACCACUUCCCCCUAUGGAGAUGUGGCUUAAGCAGAUGCUGGAUCGGCCCCAGGCCAUCUCUGCCCGCUGCCAGGCACCUCUCCAGGAGAUGAAGAAACUCUUCACUCUGAAGGUGGUGGUGCAAAAGAAGGGCCAGAAGACCAGUGCGGAUGUGUUUGGGAAUAGCACCGAAGAGCCUGACACGAAGAAAUUCAAAAUGGAUGAAGGGGAGAAGUUCAGCCUCGCAGAGACUUCAGAAGGAAACAUUACCUCUGUCGGUAGCGUGAACCCUGCAGGAAACUUCCGCACUUUAGUUCAAAAGAAGACCAUUCCCUUUGACCAAGCAUGCGAGCAGCUCACCCACAGAAUGGAGCAGUUGCUGGGCAACAGGAGCACCGACUACUACAUGAAGACCCUCGCAUGUGUCCAGGCCUUUAGGGAACAGUCCAUUAAGGUAUCAAAUGCAGACCUUUUCAACAGCUACAUGCAGUCUCUGAAGAACAGCGUUCCAGACAAGAACUUUCAGCAGUUCUGGGAUCUGCUUGUUGCAGAUUCUAUAACGUUGAUCAGUAAGGAUGAAGUGGAGAGCAGUACAGUGUCCAAACAGGAGGCAGACCAGUUUUUGACAGUUGAAGAGAGAGAGGAAGUUGCAGCUGCUCCUUCACAUGAGGACGCAGGAGAUGUGGAUGAUUUGCUGGACAUGAUGUGAACUGUGGACGAUCCUUAAACGUUGCCUUCUUUCCUUUCCACCAGGACCCCACUUGGUGCGGAGGUCACAGUUGUGUUUGCACUAUGUUUUUAUCAAAAGAAAACACAGGAAUUUGUACCAUAAUUAAUUAUUAAAAAAAAAAAACCCUACCUGUUCAACUUAAAGGUGUGAUCACUCAUUUGUGGCAAUCAGGAUUUUUUUUUUUUAAAUUACUUACCUUAUCUAACAAAUUAACAAUUUGCUGUAUCUGCCAGUUUGCUCCACAUAUCAGAAAUGCAGGAACUAAAGCAGUACAGAGGAUUAAUCCUCCUUUCUGAGAAUUUCACAAAUAAGACGAUGUUAACUAAAUAAUUUUGGGUGAACUUUUAUUUUAACUGCAGAAUAGUGUCGAUGAUAUCUUCAUAAUUUGGGGGUUGCGAGCAUAUCCUGCUGUAAUUCUCUUUCCCUUUGUACAGACCAACACCUUGCAUAACUGACAAUAUAUUAACGUUUUAGUAUGUUUGUUUUCUUAAGAACGGUUGAAAGCAGAUUGGGAUUUCUGUUAUGAUUAGAGGAAGCCAUGGCCCAAUGGUUAGAGAAGCAACUUUGGGACCAAAUUGUGUCCGAAUUGGAUUCUGCUAAGUUUUCAACCCUUCUUUUUGAAUGUGUCUCUGGUUCUCGAGAUUGAAAUUGAUCUGUGAUGUGUUAAUAUGUAAAUCAGAGCACUACCCUUCCUAUAUCAUUGGUUUUACCAGCUGUUUAAUGCGGCAAAUGUCAAUUUUUAAUUACUGUUUUGUUUGUUUGUUUGUCAAUAUUGACCAAACAUGCUUGAAAAGAUUAGGUCCCCAAAGGAAAUGAUUGUAAUUCCUGUAAAUAUGCGUAUGUAUUAGGAGCACGAGUUUACACGUUCUUCUGAAGUUGCUUGUGUGAUCGGAUUCUAAUCUGUUAUAAAGGGUGCAUUGCAUUUACACAUCCAUCCAUUAUCCGUAACCGCUUAUCCUGUGCAGGGUCGCAGGCAAGCUGGAGCCUAUCCCAGCUGACUACGGGCGAAAGGCGGGUCAUCACAGGGCUGACACAUAGACACAGACAACCAUUCAUACUCACAUUCACACCUACGGUCAAUUUAGAGUCACCAAUUAACCUAACCUGCAUGUCUUUGGACUGUGGGGGAAACCGGAGCACCCGGAGGAAACCCACGCGGACACGGGGAGAACAUGCAAACUCCGCACAGAAAGGCCCUCGCCGGCCACGGGGCUCGAACCCGGACCUUCUUGCUGUGAGGCGACAGCGCUAACCACUACACCACCGUGCCGCCCCACGUUUACACUUUUAUGUGGAUAAUGAAAGAGCCCAUUAUAAAAUGGAUCAUAGAAUUCCGAGCAUUAAAAGGCAAAUAAAAUUCACAAGCUUACAUUUAACAAUUAUUCACCGAAGGCAAAGUGAAUAAUGACCGAGACAAAGUCGAGGUUAUUAUUCACUGAGCCUGAGGUGGAUAAUCGUUUUAGUAUAAAUACCCAGGUGAUUAUUUAAAAGAAAAUAAUUUAGUUCAAACUUCAAAAACCCCAUGCUUUAUUCUAAUAAAGGUGCGGCGCAGACUUGUCACUUAUCUACGCCGACUCACAUAAAAUACUUUUGUUUUGAAAUGGAUAUCAUAAAUCACAAUUCCACCUUAGCUUUGAAUAGUUUUCGACCAAGCUUCAUAGUGUGCUUUUAGGAACAGCGUUUUCUUUCAUCAUUUGUAAUUCUUCCUCACUUACGGCGACAAACCGAUUGGUUGCCGAGUCGCUCGAGGUGGUUAUCGAGAAACAGUCCGAAUUUCUCGACUAAUCAGCGCACGGUUUUCUAUAAUCACCUCUGGAUUUAUAUUAAACACUUCUUUUAGAAACCUGUUAAAGUUCUUCCUGAUCUAAUUACGCUGCGUUAUGUUAAAGAUUUGAAAAACGUCUCAAGAUACAAGUUCAGUUUAUUGGGAGGGUCAGUCAUAAUCAGUGACUGAGUGGUGUGAUGCGGCCCAACAAAGCAGAGUUUGAGAUACUGGCCUGAAUUUUCCUCUUGUAGCACAUCCUGAUGUGUGUUUUUUUGUUCUGUUUUUUUCCCCCCUCUUAUACCACAGCAAUUUGUCAAUGAUUAUGUUUUAUCUAUUAAAGAAUGAUGCAUACUUUUUAUCCA